AUGGCCUCAGCUCCUUCCGUGACUAGCCUGGCAGAUGAGGUCAACUGCCCCAUCUGCCAAGGCAUCCUAAGGGAGCCAGUCACCAUUGACUGUGGCCACAAUUUCUGUCGUGGCUGCCUCACUCGCUUCUGUGAGAUCCCAGGCCCAGAGUCGGAGGAGUCCCUCAGCUGCCCGCUCUGCAAAGAGCCCUUCCGUCCAGGGAGCUUCCGGCCAAACUGGCAGCUGGCCAAUGUGGUGGAGAAUAUCGAGCGCCUUCAGCUGGCAUCCACAAGAGGCCUGGAGGUGGAGGAUGCCUGUCCGGAACACGGGGAGAAAAUCUACUUCUUCUGCGAGGAGGAUGAGGCACAGUUGUGUGUGGUAUGCCGCGAGACCGGACAGCAUGGGGCUCACAUUGUGCGCUUCCUGGAGGACGCAGCAGGUCCCUACAGGACUCAGGUAGCCACCAAGAGGCAACAGGUGAUUUCACAGUUUGCUCAUCUGAGCCGGUUCCUGGAGCGACAGCAGACUGUGCUCUUGGCGCAGCUGGAGGGGUUGGACGGGGACAUCCUGAAGCAGCAGGAAGAGUUUGAUUCCCUGGCCACGAGGGAGAUCUGCCGGUUCAGCACCCUGAUCGAGGAGCUGGAGGAGAAGAACAAGCGGCCAGCCAGGGGGCUGCUGACGGUGAGGCCUGGCCUACCCUCACCCCUAGGGUCUCUGGAGUCAUUGCCUAGUCGAUGUGAAACCAGAAAGGGCCGGAAAACUGAGGCUAUAUCCCCAGGACUGGGCCAAAGGAUCCGGGACUUCCCCCAACAGGUCAUGCUCCUGCGGCAGGAGAUGAAGAUAUUUCUGGCACAUCUCAUUUACUUCCGUACCUUGACUUUCUUAUUUGCCAAGUCCGAUAAAAAUCUUAACUCUCGGGAUUAUGCGGUGGUGAAGAGACAUAAUAAAAAAAAACUCUGCUUUGAGUUGGAUUAUGAGCCAGCUCUUAUCUCUCUAGACCCCCAGACUUCGCACCCCAAGCUCCUCCUCUCUGAGGACCACCGGAAGGCUCAGUUCUCCUACAAAUGGCAGAAUUCACCAGAUACUCCACAACGCUUUGAUCGAGCCACCUGCGUUCUGGCCCAAUGCGGCUUUACAGAGGGGAGACACACUUGGGUGGUGAAUGUCGACUUGGCCCACGGAGGCAGCUGCACUAUAGGUGUGGUCAAAGAAGAUGUACGAAGAAAGGGAGAAGUGAGGCUGAGGCCAGAGGAGGGAAUAUGGGCAGUGAGGCUGGCGUGGGGCUUUGUCUCAGCUCUGGGUUCCUUCCCCACAAGGCUAGCCCUGGAGGAGCAACCCCGGAAGGUGCAGGUGUCUCUUGACUAUGAGGUAGGCUGGGUGACCUUUGUCAAUGCCGACACCCAAGAACAUAUCUAUACCUUCACUGCCUUCUUCACGCAGAAGGUCUUUCCUUUUUUUGGACUCUGGGGCAGAGGGUCCAGUUUUUCCCUGAGCUGUCAGGAAAGUACAGUUUCCCUCCUCUGA